GCAAGGAGGGGCAACAUGGUGCCGUUCCUGCUCGUCGGCGGUGCCUUAGCCUUUUGGCCCGGUCUCUGGCUUGGCGCGCACAUGUAUCCCUACAGCCACCCGUACCGGUACUAUAACGAGACGGCCCGCCAGAACCAGACGAAGCCGGUGCUGUGCGGUUGCCAAGAGUACCAGCCCUGCGGCUGCGACGAGAACAACAGCACCGAGUACAUGAACUCACUCCUUGGCAACGGCAGCUAUAAUGCGCUGAACAAGUCUGUCGUCAACAUUGGCGAGUACAACGGCAACGAAACCAUCCUCAUCAACGGUUCCCUGCCCAACGGCACCACCGCAGCCGGCGGUUCCGACGAGGUUGGCUCCGCUGCCUUCCGCACUGUUGUGGAGACGCUCGGUUUCUGGCCCGUUGUUGCGGUCGUUGUCGCUACCGUCUUCGCGGCAUAGUGGACACCGAUGGUGUAUGUAUGAGCAUGCCUUUGUACAUUAAUGAUGGAUGGUAUCCCACGCAAAAGGGUUGGUAGUAUGACUGUUUUUUUGAGUUUCUUGGAGUUCGAUUAUGAUACCCUACAAGUUGGCAGAGCCCAGGACUUUACAUGAUUAUGGGAACGGGUCCAUUGCUGGGGAUCAUGAAAAAUGAACAGUUAUUAUCUUCGAUAAACGAACGACUUAAA